ACGGCGGCAGCGGGCGACAGACGGGCAGCAUGAUCGCCGAAAAGUCGUUGUUCUCGGCCUUUAGGAAGCAGGAGGAUCCAAAAGAGCUGGUCCGCAAAUGGCAGCGUCAGAUCCGCACAGAGAUCCGCGGCGUGGAGCGCCAGAUGCUAGAGGUGCAGCGGGAGCAGAAGAAGGCGGAGAAGCUGAUCAAGGAGGCAGCCAAGCGCAACGACAUGGCGUCGGCGCGGAUCCUGGCCAAGGAGGUGGUCAACAUGCGGCGCACCGUCACCAAGCUGGCCGUCAACAAGGCCACCUUCCUGUCGCUGUCCAACCAGAUGACGGAGCAGCUGGCCAUGACGCGCGUGGCAGGGGCGCUGACCAACAGCGGGGAGGUGCUGAAGCUGGUGAACAACCUGAUGAAGGUGCCGCAGCUGCAGCGCACGAUGGUGGAGAUGUCGCGAGAGAUGACCAAGGCGGGGAUCAUUUCUGAAAUGAUGGAUGAUGCCAUGGAGUCGGCCAUGGACUCAGAGGAUCUGGAGGAGGAGACGGAGGAGCAGGUGGACAAGAUUCUGCUGGAGGUGGCGGGCGAGACACUCAGCCAGAUGGCGGCGGCGCCCCGGCAGCAGAAACAGGCGAGUCGGGCCGCCCAGCUCGAGUGCGGCGCUGUGCCGCAGCAAGCGGUGGGGGAGGAUGAGGUGGAGGACUUGCAGGCGCGGCUGGCGGCCGUCAGAAGCUGAGCAGCCGCCCCGCCGACUGCACCAGCGUGUCGCGCAGCCCAUGCCUGUGCCGCAGCUGCGCCUCUCCCUGCUGCUCGCCUGCGAAUCUGCGCCCCCUCCGCCACUGCGCGCCUGUGCCUCCUGCCCCGCCAUUUGCUAAAAUUGUUUCUGCCUCGCUCUGCCCAGCUGUUCCUGUUCUGGCUGCUUCCUCGUCCCCGCUCAGCAUUUGCUCCUCCAGUUUUCUCCCCAGUGUCCAUCUGUCAACAACCAAAUGUAC